ACAAUACUGCCCGCAAUUUUAAUUCCGCAACUGUACCUGUGUUUUGGUAUGACUGCCAAAAAAACAAACAGUGAUUAAAAAAAACUGUUUCCUUUGAUUUGUAACUUUACAGGAUUUUGCGAAAUAAACCAAGUCUGUAAGCACAAUUAAUAACAGGUAUUUUUUGCACGACUGAUUAUUAGAAAAUAACCUUUUUGACAUGUAAUAAUAAUUGUCCCCUCUUUGAUAAAAAGUGGAUAUAUAAAAGGAAACAUAUUUAAACAGAUGAAACUAGUUGUUUUUGCUAUAAAAAUGAAAUUCUUUAUUGCACUAUUAAUGUUAUUAAGUGUUGUGUGGUGUGAACAAUACACCACGAAAUAUGAUAAUAUUAAUGUCGACGAAGUACUUGCUAGUGAAAGAUUGUUGAAAAAUUAUUUUAAUUGUAUUAUGGACAGGGGGGCAUGUACUCCAGAUGCUGAUGAAUUGAAGAAAGUCCUCCCUGACGCCCUUAAGACCGACUGCUCCAAAUGCAGCGAAAAACAGAAGGAAAUGACGAAAAAAGUGAUCCAUUUUUUGACCCACAACAAGCAACAAAUGUGGAAGGAGCUAACAGCCAAGUAUGACCCUGAUAGCAUCUAUUUCGAGAAAUACAAGGAUAAGUUUGAUUCAUAAUCUUGUUUAUGUACUUAUGUUAGUGUUGAGGUGAAUAAAUACAUUUAAGGUGA